CAUUGUACAGUUCUCGAAGAGUUAAUAAGAAUAUCUAGAAAUACUGUUGUAAGUUACCAAAUAAGCGGUUGGGUGUACACAGUGCUGGAGGCAUUCAGAGGCAGAGGAAAUACUCCCAGAAUUGAGUGGUCAGCACCUUUACCCGAGGAAGAAGGGAUUGCCUUAUUUUGAAGCAUCUGGGUUGGGAUAGUUAAGGUGGAAGUUCAUAUAGGAGAAGGAAUGUGAGAAAAGGUGCAAAGGCCAGAGUUCAAGGCUUGUUGGAGAAUGAGAAAACCAGUUUGGUUGGGAGACCAGCAAGCUUGCAAAGGCAAAGAAAGCUGUAGCUGUGAGAGAUUUCAAAGAUGGCUAAAGACGGAGUUGAGGAAUCUCACUUUAGGAGUGAAGAAAUGGAUGAUGAAGAUUGUGAAAGGAGAAGAAUGGAAUGUUUAGAUGAAAUGUCCAAUCUUGAGAAACAGUUUACAGAUCUCAAAGAUCAACUUUAUAAAGAACGGUUGAGUCAGGUGGAUGCAAAGCUCCAAGAAGUCAUAGCUGGUAAAGCACCAGAGUAUUUGGAACCGCUGGCAACUUUACAAGAAAAUAUGCAGAUCCGCACGAAGGUUGCAGGAAUCUAUAGAGAGCUGUGCUUAGAGUCUGUGAAGAACAAAUACGAAUGUGAGAUCCAGGCUUCCCGCCAGCAUUGUGAGAGUGAAAAGCUUUUGUUGUACGAUACGGUGCAGAGUGAGCUGGAGGAGAAGAUAAGAAGGCUUGAGGAGGACAGACACAGCAUCGACAUUACCUCAGGUCAGGGCCGCGGCGAGGCGCUGUCCCCGUGCAAGUCCAGUGUCCUAGCCGGAGGGAAGGGAGGAGACUUCUGAAGAAUGGUCAGGCUGAGGUUGUCGGGAAGGGUAGGCAGUACAGCGAAGGAAAAGGGACA